AAACAGAGUUUUGAGGGCUUUAGUGUUGUUGAUGAGUGAAACCAGUGCGCGCACAGAAUUGAGGUUUUCGAGAAUCCACUCUUAACUUGUGGCUCUCUCUCUGUCUCUUUUUCCAAAUUCCAAGUUGCACCGUGAUAUUUCGACGUUGAUCUUUAUCGUCUUCCUCAGCAAAUAGCCAGGGUUUCCGUGAAUAAAGAAGAAGAAGGGCAAAAUGUCGAGGAGAGUAGUGGAGGACGAGGACGUGGACGAGGUUGGGGAUGAUGAGGAGGAAGAGAACGAGUAUGAGGUGCAGGAUCUGCGGGACAGGAUCAAGUCGUCACGGGGAAGCAGAUUCAAUCUGAUAUCGAACGAUUUGGGGCUGGAUGGAUCGUCGACGUCGACAACUCGGAGGAGAAUGAGGAACUACCUGAGCCGAGAGAGCGUCAUCACUGGCGUCAAAGGCCUCUCCAAGGGCAUCGGCGUUAUUCAUCCAGACAACAGGUGGUAUCGGGUAUGGACGAAAGUGAUACUAGUAUGGGCAAUCUACUCGUCCUUCUUCACACCAUUCGAGUUCGGGUUUUUCAGGGGUUUGGAAGAGAGACUCUUUAUCCUAGACAUCGUGGGUCAAGUAGCUUUCCUCGUCGACAUUAUUCUGCACUUCUUCCUCGCCUACAGGGACAGCCAGACCUAUCGAAUGGUCCAUAAGCGCAACCUCAUUGCUCUCCGGUAUUUGAAAUCUAGUUUCAUCGUUGACUUGCUUGGUUGCAUGCCUUGGGAUAAUAUCUACAAGGCUUGUGGGAGAAGAGAGGAAGUGAGGUACCUUCUAUGGAUAAGGUUGAGUCGGGUGCGCAAAGUCACUAAGUUUUUCCGAGACCUUGAGAAGGAUAUUCGGAUUAGUUAUGAGUUUACCAGGAUUGCAAAGCUUCUGGUUGUUGAGCUCUAUUGCACACAUACAGCAGCCUGCAUCUUUUACUACUUGGCCACCACCUUGCCUCCUGUAGAAGAGGGGUACACAUGGAUUGGAAGUUUGAAGUUGGGUGACUACAGUUAUUCAAACUUCAGAGAUAUCGAUCUGUGGAAGCGCUAUACAACAUCUUUAUAUUUUGCCAUUGUAACCAUGGCUACUGUUGGAUACGGAGAUAUACAUGCAGUAAACCUGAGGGAAAUGAUCUUCAUAAUGGCUUAUGUUUCUUUUGACAUGGUUCUUGGGGCUUAUUUGAUUGGUAACAUGACAGCCUUAAUUGUAAAAGGAUCAAAGACAGAAAAGUUCAGGGAUAAAAUGACAGAUCUUAUCAAAUAUAUGAACAGAAAUAGACUUGGUAAGGAUAUCCGUAAUCAGAUCAAAGGCCACUUGCGUUUGCAGUAUGAGAGUAGCUACACGGAGGCUGCUGUUCUCCAGGACAUCCCUGCUUCAAUUCGCGCUAAGAUUUCACAAACCUUAUAUUUUCCAAACAUUGUAAAUGUUCCUCUCUUCAAGGGAUGCUCAACGGAAUUCAUCAAUCAGAUUGUUACUAAGCUACAUGAGGAAUUUUUUCUUCCAGGAGAAGUGAUAAUGGAACCUGGAAAUGUGGUAGAUCAAGUUUAUUUUGUCUGUCAUGGUGUACUGGAGGAGGUGGGUUUAGGCGAAGAUGGAUCAGAAGAAACAGUUUCGCUUUUGCAACCCAACAGCUCAUUUGGACAAGUCUCCAUCCUUUGCAACAUUCCCCAACCUUAUACAGUUAGGGUAUGUGAACUGUGCAGGCUUCUGCGACUGGAUAAACAAUCAUUUACAAGUAUCCUUGACAUAUACUUUUAUGAUGGGCGGAAAAUCUUGAACAACCUUCUAGAGGGUAAAGGACCUCAUAUCAAGCAACUAGAAUCAGACAUUACUUUCCAUAUUGGAAAGCAAGAAGCUGAACUUGCUUUGAAGGUGAAUAGUGCUGCUUAUCAUGGAGAUCUGCAUCAGCUAAAAUGUUUGAUCCGAGCUGGAGCUGAUCCCAACAAGACAGAUUAUGAUGGAAGGUCACCCUUGCAUCUUGCUGCAUUACGAGGGCAUGAAGAUAUUACACUUUUCCUUAUUCAGGAAGGAGUAGACAUCAAUAUCAAUGACAAUUUUGGGAACACACCCUUACUUGAAGCCAUCAAGAAUGGUCAUGAUCGAGUUUCUUCUCUACUUAUAAAAGAAGGGGCCUCCUUGAAGAUAGAGAAUGCUGGUAGUUUUUUAUGUUCAGCAAUAGCAAAGGGGGAUUCAGAUUUCCUUAAAAAGUUAUUGUCAAAUGGCAUUGAUCCGAACUCCAAGGGUUAUGAUCAACGGACCCCACUGCAUAUAGCUGCCUCAGAAGGACUAUAUUUGAUGGCAAAGUUGCUGUUAGAAGCUGGGGCAAACGUUUUCUCAAAGGACAGGUGGGGAAACACCCCACUAGAUGAAGGUCGGAUGUGUGGGAACAAGAAUUUGAUUAGAUUACUGGAAGAAGCAAAGGAUGCUCAGUUGUCGGAAUUCCCAUACCGUGCUCAAGAAAUUGCAGAUAAAAUGCAUCCGAAGAAAUGCACAGUGUUUCCAUUCCACCCAUGGGAUAGCAAAGAACACAGAAAACCUGGAAUAGUGUUAUGGGUCCCUGCCACUAUUGAAAAGCUUAUCAACACAGCGUCGGAGAAACUAGAAUUUGAAGGUGGUAUGUGUAUAUUAUCUGAAGAUGCAGGUAAAAUUCUUGAUGUAGGCUUGAUAAAUGAUGGUCAGAAGCUGUAUUUAGUCACCGAGACGCAUUUGAAAUAAACGUUGUGACCAUUAUUAAUUGCCAUAUAGUCCUCGUACCAUCUUUGUCCACAAA